UAAUGAUAAUUGCAUUAAUAAUUAAAGGAAUAUUGGCACCUUUCAUUAUAGUGUUGUUGUAUUCAAAUUCAAAGGCAUUACAAAAUUAGGAAUAAUAAAUAAGAAACUUUUGGGAAAAUAUCUUUGGAGAAGUAUAUUAGAUUCGAAAAUAAACUUUUGUUAAGAAUUCAGCAUUUAAGCCUGAAUAUAAUGUAAAUCAACAUUUUGUAAUACUUAGCAAUCACGUUACAAUGUAGCUGAAUCUCCUGUGUAUUGUAAAAAGAGUGAUUCAUACAAAAUGGCUCAUCCUGAUAUAGUAUUGUAAGAUUACUAUGUAUGGAGAGACUAUCCACCUUCAAAUUUACCAAAAAAGAUAACCUUAGAUAGAACAUAUGCUGUAUUAGAUAAAGUAAGUCCAUCUAAAAUUGCCUCAUAUAAAUAUGAAAAUUAAUUGCCACUUUAACUUGGAUUCAUUUAUACAACUGUCUCUACCUUAUUCAACAAUUAUGUUUGGGGUAAGGGAUUAGGAUGUGUAUUAUAAAAAUAUAGUCAUAUACCAGGAAAGAGUUCUGUAGCAAUGAAAAACUAAUUGAUUGAUAAUUUUAUGAGAUAUAUUAGAGAUUUUGAAAAAAAGAAUAUUACAAAUCCAGAAUGUAAAAGGAAUGCAUCAUUUAUACCUGAGACAUAUAGAUUAAAUGAUGAAGAUGAUUGCAAAGCAUUUUUUGAAACAUUCAAAACAACUGAUUAUUAGAAGAGAUUCAAAAAGUAUGGGCCAUAAUAUAUAUUGAAAACUAAUUAACAUAGAGGAGAAGGAAUUACAGUUUUAUUUGAAAAUGAAACAAUGGAAUUAUUAGAAGAAUAUGAUCAUGGAUAAGAAUGUGGAAAUAUUUCAAAGUAAGUAAUUGCUCAAAGAUAUAUAUCUAAUCCAUUUUUAUAUAAAGGACAUAAGAUUGAGUUUAGAAUAUAUUAUACAAUUGUAUCAACUAAACCAGUUAUUGCAUAUUCAUAUUCAAGGUAAUUAUUAUUCUUAUUCUUACAUAAGAGCUUUAAUUAAAAGAUGUGCAAAACCAUUUAGUGUUCAUUCUACUGAAAAAGGGGCUCAUGUUUGUAAUACAGCAAUUGUCAAAAACUUAGUGAAAACAGAUAAAGAUGAUGAUGAAAUUGAAGAUGAAGAAUUCUUUAUUGAUUGGUAUUUAGAGGGACUAGAAGAUUUAUUAAUUAAAUAGGGUAGAGCUAAGAAAGGAUGGCUCUAAUCUUAUCUUUAUCCUAAAAUUCAUAGAUCUUUAAUUCAUAUGACCAAAGCUACUUAUCAUUCAUUUGCAAGAGAUAGCACGUAUUAACUAUUUCUUAAUAUAGAUUUGGUGAAUUCUUUGCUGUUGAUUUUUUACUUGAUGAUAAUCUAGAUGUCUGGGUCUUAGAGGUCAAUUAUAAUCCAUAAAUUCUAAGUGUUACUCCAGACAGAAUUAAAAGAAAUUAUAAGAUGUUAGAAGAUCAUUUUGAAUUGCAAUAUGCUUUUAUUAAGAGUAAACUAUAUAGAUUAUCCUAACUUGGUAAAGCACUUAUUAAGAAAGAUACAAAAUCCAUUAUUAAUCAAUCUAAAUAAGUUGAAGAAUUGUUGAGAGAUAAACUAGAACCCCAAUUUGAACUUAGCAAAGAAAAUUUAUAUAUUAAAAUUAUGGAUGAAGGUUUGCCAGGAACUUAAGCAUACACAAAUCUUAUAUCUAAAGAGUGUCUUAAAUGAC